AUGCUGGAAGCAGAGCCGGGAGCGGGCUGUGCCGGAGCCGCGGCACGGUCGGUGCCCGCUCCGGGGCGGCUGCGCUGCCGGGGCUGCCCGAGCGCGGACACGGGGACAGACGGGCGGGGGGGCCCAGCCCCGCCCUCGGGGGAGGAGCGAGGGGGGAGCGGGGCCUCGGGGGGCGGGGCCGGCGCAGGCCCCGUGAGGAGCCGCCGACGCCAUUUUGCAGGUGUUCGGCGGAGGAGGCGGCAGCGGCCGCGCCGGGCUCCCCCGGCGGGACCCAGGGAUGGCCUCGGCCAUCCACCCCUACCCCUCUUCCCCUCUCCUUCCUCCCCUCCUUUCCUUCCCCCGGACCUCCCUCUUCCCUCCUCCUCUCUUCCCCCGAGCCGCUCUCCCCCCACCCCCGCUCCGCGCCCCCUCCGCUCCCCGGCUCCCCUCAGCCCUCCUUCCUCCCUCUCCUCCCACCACCCUUCCCGCUCCCCCUGCCCCGGCUCCCUCUCCGCCCUCUGCCUUCUCUCCUGCACACCCCGACCCCCCGGACCCCUCCUCCUUUCCCUCCCCCGGCCUCCCUCUGCCCUCGCCUCGCCCCGCUCCGCACCCGAACCCCGCAACCCGCUCCGGGCCUGUCCCCCCGCCCCAGCCUUCCUUCCUCCCCUCCUGCCUGCCCGGCCCUUCCCGCUGCCCAACCCCAACCCCCCUCUCUUCCUCUCUAUUCCCCCUCUCUUCCCUCUCAAUUCCCCCUCUCAGUUCUCCUUCUAUUCCCUGUCAAUUCUCCCUCGAUUUCCCAUCUUUUCCCUCUCAAUUCCCCCUCGAUUUCCCAUCUUUUCCCUCUCAGCUCUCCCUCUAUUCUAUCUCAGUUCUCCUUCUAUUCCCUCUCAGUUCUUCUUCUAUUCCCUCUCAGUUCCCGCUCUAUUUCCCAUAUUUUCCAUCUCACUUCUCCCUCUAUUCCCUCUCAGUUCUCCUUCUCUUCCUUCUCAAUUCUCCCUCGAUUUCCCAUCUUUUUCCUCUCAAUUCCCCCUCGAUUUCCCAUCUUUUCCCUCUCACUUCUCCCUCUUUCCCCCUCUAUUUCCCAUCUUUUCCCUCUCAGUUCCCCCUCUAUUUCCCAUCUUUUCCCUCUCAGUUCCCCCUCUGUUUCCCCUCCCCGUGUCCCUCGAUGUCCCCCCUGUCCCCGGGCCGUGUCCCCGGGCCGUGUCCCCGCAGCCGCGGGCUUGGGGGCGCCGGUUUGAAUAAAGCCGCGCAGGCCGGACCCGGCGCCCCCCCUGGAUCCCCCUUUGCACGGGGCCGGGCCCGCUCGGCGGGUCCCCCCCUUCAGUGUCCAAGCACCGCCCGACACCGCCGGGGCUCCGGCCCGUCCCGACAUCACACGGGGGGCUCCGCGGGCGGGGGCGGGGGGGCAAAGGCCGCGGCUUCG